AUGGAUCCGGACAAGACCAGUACAGAUGGCACAGACAACAUGAGGGGUUCAACAGGCUCGCAACCUCUCAUCUCAACACCCGACAUGGACCGAAGAAUCAGACGCGCUUUUGACCGUCGCGUCAUGCCCGUCGUCUGCUGUCUCUACGUCCUCUCGUAUCUCGACCGCGGUAACAUCGGCAACGCCAAGACCGCCGGUGCACAAGAAGCCUUGAACUUGAGCUCCGAUGACUGGGCGUGGGUUCUCAAUUCGUUCUAUCUCGCGUAUAUUAUGUUUGAGUGGACGACUAUGUUUUGGAAGAUAUUCCCUGCUCACAUUUAUGUGUCCAUCCUUUGCGUUUGCUGGGGCACGGCUGCGAUGUGUUCUGGGUCAGUUCAUAACAUGACUCAGUUGAUAGUCACGCGCAUCUUUCUUGGUAUUUUUGAAGCUACCUUUGGUGCUGGUGCUCCAUUCUUCUUGUCGUGUCUGUACAAAAGAAGAGAAUUAGGUCUACGGAUGUCUAUCUUACUUGGCAUGUCUCCUCUGGCAAACACCUUUGCAUCAAGCUUAGCAUAUGGCAUCACUCAUAUCAAGGGAUCGUUAGCACCAUGGAGACUGUUGUUCAUCAUAGAGGGCGCACCCACUAUCGCCUUCGCUCCCGUGGUCUACUUCUUCCUCAUCGACUCCCCCGCAACCGCAAAGUUUCUCACAGAAGAAGAACGAUACUUCGCCGUCCAGCGCGUCCAAGGUCCCGAUGGAGCCAAGAAAAACGUAAAUUGGAGACAAAUCAUCGCUGGAAUACUCGACUACAAGAAUUACGUCCACGCUGUCAUUCAUUUCUGCUGCAACUUUUCUUUCGCGGCUUUAUCUAACUUUCUUCCUACGAUUGUUAACGCCAUGGGUUACAGUUCUAUUAAUGCCCAAGGACUUACAGCGCCGGCUUAUUUCACGGCUUUUCUGCUCUGCAUGGGAGCUGCGUUCUUCUCGGACCGUUGGGGGAAUCGUGGGUUUGUUGUAGCGGGCUUUGCUGCCAUUGCUACAGUUGGUUAUGGGCUCCUUGCAGGGAUUCAAGAUAUCCACCGCCCAGGUCCUCGAUACGCUGGAGUAUGGCUCGCUGCGUGCGGUAUCUUCCCAGCCCUAUGCAUCAACAUUACGUGGUUACUUAAUAAUCAGGGACGCGAUUCGAAGAAGGGAGCAGGUCUUGCCAUCACGUUGAUAAUAGGGCAAUGCUCGUCUCUCCUGAGCAGCUACAUGUUUCCAAAAGAGGACUCACCAUUCUUUGUCAAGGGUUGCGCAAUCGGUUGUGGAAUGAGCGGCGCCAUUGUUAUUUUGGCGUUAUUUAUGCAUUUUGCCUUGGAGAGAGAGAACAAGCGCAAUGAAAGGCUCUAUGGACCUUUGGAUGAUGACGCCGAGGUGGAUUUUGCAGAUAACGGCGAGCAGAGCAAGAGUUUCCGGUACCUGACAUGA